GGCGACGUGUCAGUUGCAUUUGUUGACAAUUUUGUUUGGUCUGGUUCGUGUGCCAGUUUCGGAAGGAACUUGUGGAAAAGGAAAUUCAGGGAAAGCUGCUACAUUUUGCGAUACAUUCCCCAGCGAAAGGCAUCCUGAGCAAGCCUUUAUUAGCUAGACGUAGAUUAUAGACAACUCACUCAGAGACCUUUUCCAACGAUGGCAGUCUCUAAGGUUACGUUCAAGAUUACACUCACCUCCGACCCGAAGCUGCCGUUCAAGGUACUAAGCGUUCCGGAAGCGACACCCUUCACGGCGGUUCUAAAAUUCGCGGCGGAAGAGUUCAAAGUGCCCCCAGCGACGAGUGCCAUCAUUACGGACGAUGGUAUCGGCAUCAACCCGCAGCAGACAGCUGGCACCGUGUUCCUCAAGCACGGUUCCGAGCUUCGGUUAAUUCCCCGCGAUCGUGUCGGAUGCCGUUACUAGUGACCGCGAUAGUUUCCGUUUUAGUGUCGCCUGCUGCUUCGACAGGAAUGGGUUCCGUUUCAUCCGUACUGCUGCUACCAACGCAAUGUGAUACGCAACAACUAAAACAUCCGCGAGUCCGCUUUGUGCGCAGAAGCAUUUUUAUUAAUCGUUGUUCUGUUCUAUUUUUGCUGUGUCGAUUGAAAUAAAUAUUUUUUCUCCAUAAAAGA